AUGGUAGAUUCCAGUAUAAUAUCUUCUAAUUCUCCAAAAAAGAAUGAGGAUAAGAAAAGAUAUUAUUAUUCAAAUAGUUCUUCAAAUAUAACGAGACCAAAUAGUCAUGGUAAUCCAAACAAUAUGCAUUUAUAUUCAAAUAAUAGUAAUAAUUCUGUUACAAAUAUCAACAAAAAAUAUCCAUAUUAUAAUCAUCCUAAUAGUCAUGGUAAUUCUACACCACUUUCAACAAAUGAGUCCAUCAAUCAACACACAAAACAAUCAAGGUAUGAUCCAAAUUCAAUUAAUAGACCAAGUUCAACUAGUAGAUUAACAGGAAGUCGAUAUAACCCAGAAGAAAAAUCACAGCUAUCUCAAACUAUUUCAAAUCCAGCAACAAAUUCUCAGCCAAUAUCUAUUGGGAAUAACAGUAAUAUAAAUGUUUCAAGGUAUUCUGGUAGUCGUUAUAACCCACAACCCAAACCAAAUCAUUAUAAUAAUAACGCAACAGGUGUUAAUUCAAUUGCAUCAGGUCAGGUAAAUAUUAGAAAUAGACCUAAAUCAACAGAUCCUGUCGUAAGUAGAAACUCAAGUCAUACUUAUCGCAAUAGCAGUGCCACUAAUGUUACAGGAUAUAAUGAUCUAAGUAAAGACACACAAUUUAAUUCACAACGAAACUCAUUGCCUUUACAAAAUAAAUGGAAAACAACAUAUUCCCCACUUGGCAAAACUUCUACUGAUCAAUCUUUUACUACGAAUCAUGAUGGUUAUGAAAAUGAUAGUCAAAAACAACAAAAUCAUUACAAUAAUAAUACUUCAAGGAACAAUUCUUGGAAAAGUGCCAGGGUUGCAAAAAGUUUAACAUCAUCAUAUGUAGCUCCAAGUCCAAAGAGAUACAAUCCCAACCCAGUAACAAAUCUAACUUCCUCGUUAGAAGCUUCGAAUCAAUCACAAACAACUACUCCAAUAACGACUGCCCCACUAAAAAUAUCCAGCAAUGUGGAUCAGCAAGAAACCAAUAAAGAUAUGCCUUCUAAUGAUGAUCAAGAUAAUAGUUUUGCAAAAUAUAGCAUAACAGAGGUAAACUCAAAAGAGCAGUCACAAAGAUAUAUACCGUCUCUAAAUCCGCAUUCAUUAGGCUCUAGUUUAAUUAAUUCUGUAAAAGUUCCAGAAAAGAUCACCAAACCUUUACAUAAUGAACAGGUUAUCAGGAAAGGGUCAAUUAAAAAAGUUAGUAAAUCGGAAGAGCAAUACAUUGAUAUUGAAUACAAAUCCGAGCAAUCGGGCACUUCAUCUCCAGUUUCAACUAAAAGAGACUCUAAAGUAUUUCAAGGAGGUGAUAAUUUAAGAAAACGUAGUUUGUCUGCUUCAAAAACUCCAAAUAGAAGUUCCGGUUUCCUUUGGUCACAGGCCGAUGAGAAUGAUACACUUAUGACAAAUGAUGUUAAUGAUGAGAAAAGCAAAUUAAUAAAUAAUAUAUUUAAACAAGAUUAUAAGCACACAGGUGAUAUAGAAAAAUUAGACGAAGAAUCUAAGUUGAACGACAAAUCUAUUUUGAAAAAACAACUUUUAACAAAUUAUAAUUAUAUUUUUGAUCCAAAAGUUUUGAAAACAGAUUUUGAUGCUGUGAGAAAAAAUCUCCCACUUUCAAAAGGUUAUACCACACCACUUACUGAAAUCGAUUCGUGUAUAUUUCCUAUGGGGAGAGCCGAAACUAAACUAUGGGAAUUGAAAAAUCAAAAGAGAGAUGAUAUAAUUUCUGAACAGAAAUAUCUAUUGAAGACGCCCCUAAAAGCAAUCAGUGAUUAUCCCUUUAUUGACGAAAAUAAAUUGCUCUAUAAACAAGCUGUAAGACCUACUCUAAGCACAUCUAUUUCCAAGACAAAAAAAUAUGAGCGUCUGAGAAAGGUUCAAUUGAAAAAGCAAUUUAUAGAUUUGAAAAAUAACUGGGUUAAAACAUGCGAUAGAUUGGAUAGUAUAAGUAAUAAGCUAAGAAGUGAAGAGAUUGCAUACAAAAAGAAACUUGCUGAAGAAGAAGAAGAAAGACUAAAAGCGGAAAAAGAAUUGUUAGAAGAACAAAAGAAAGCUAGUGGAAGUUCUCGUCGUAGGAAUAGAGCCGAUUUUGUAGAUGACACAGAUAUGGAAAGCGUAUUGCUACAAAUCGAUCCUAAUUAUAAACACUUUAAAAUAGCUGCCACAAUUCCCCCAAUGAUAAUUGAUCCAAUAGAAAAAUACAGUAUGAAAUUUAAAGAUGUUAACAAUCUAAUUACAGAUAAAGAUCAGUGGAGUUCUAGAGUUCUAUCCGAUGGUAUCGACAAUUUUACAGAGUAUGAACAUGAAUUAUUUGUGGAAGGUUACUUAUCGUAUCCAAAGAAAUUUGGGAAAAUAUCUAACCAUAUGGGCAAUUUACGAACACCAGAAGAAUGUGUGCUACAUUAUUACCGUACUAAGAAGAAGGUUAAUUACAAGAAGUUGAUAAUAGAGAAGAAUAAAAAGAGAAAAGGAGGUGUAUCUAAAAAGAAGACUAAGAAGAAGGAAAAAUCUAAUGAAAUUACAGAUACUAAUGAAGAUACUACAAUGGAGGCCGAACAAGAACAACCUUCCAACAUUAAAGAGGAAACACUUCAUGAUAAUGAUAAGGAAGAAAUUGUAGUUGAAAACGAGGAAAUUAUUAGUAAAGAGGAGAAUAGCAUAUCCAAUGAAGAAAUAGUAACUAACGAACAGAAUACUGAUACAAAUGAUAAUGGCAUUCCCAAUGAAACGUCUUCAAUCAACAAUGUUAAGUCUACCUAUGUCGAACCAGCAACAAUGGAGCAAGGCAUUGAAAAAACAGAUGCCACCGUGAAUCCUGAAAUUACUGCACAUCCAAUUACAAUUGAGAGCAGCAUUGAGGGAGAAAACAAGCCUGUGCCCAACAACGAAUUCCCAGAUCUAGCAAAUUCCACCAAUUCUAGAAAUGAAACUGAAAUUCAAGAAUCGAAUAAAAGAAAUUUUGAAGAAGUGGUUUAUACAUCUGGUACCGAACCAAAAUAUCCUCAUAAUAAUCAAUAUCAUGCAGAUUAUGAACACUAUAGUAAACUUGAUGAAAAUGCAUAUGAUGCUUCCAGUAAGAAGAAGUUUAAACCUCAAAUCGAUCAUAAAUCUAGUUAUUGGAGUGUCAAAGAGGCCAAUCUUUUCCCAGAUUUAUUGAAGCAAUAUGGUUCUCAAUGGAUACUCAUAUCUAAUGCAUUAGGAACCAAAUCUACAACUAUGGUUAGAAAUUACUAUCAACGUAAUGCGGCUCAGCAAGGUUGGAAAUUGAUUGUGGAAGAGGCUGAUUCAAAACUUAAUGCGACCAGCUCUGGCUCAGUACAGCAAUCUCAGAUUUUAAUACAAGCAGGGCAACAACAAACAAAUGCAGCAGUUAUGUAUUCACAAAAUGGUGUUCCAAUACAACAAAAGCCUGCAUUGGGAUUUUUUUCCAAUACUGAUAAUGAAGGAGCUAAUAGCAGUACCACUGCACUGGCGUCUACUGCACAGCCUUUCAGCCAAGAAUCUGCUCCAAAGGAUAUAUUUUCAAGCGUUAGUUCUACAGGCAUUACGUUGCCUCCUCCAAGAUUACCUUCAAUUCAAUUGGGCAGACCUUCAAUUUUUCCACAAAAUGGCCAAUACAGUGGGGAUUCACAUGUUCCAUCACAACUACCGCCAUCAAGAUUUUCUUCUGUUUCUCACCAAUCAAAUCGUAUAUCUGAUCUGCUAAAUUCAAAAACACCUGAUGUGGCCUCGGCAAACACCAAUGCCGAAGCUUCUCCAAUUAACUCAUCAAUUACCAAUGACAGUUCAAAACAGAUAUUUACCGAGGCAAGACCUGCUUCUCAAAUCAACACAAGACCUCUAAUAUCGUCGCUGCUAAACUAUGAGUCCAACCAACCAGAUAUGAAGGCAGUUACUAACCGCGUGCUUGUUGUCCCAUCAACAAUCCCAAUAUCACCAAUGCAACUACAAGCGAAUACCAUGCAACCACCACAGCUACCUGCAUUAAACUUCAAUACAGAUCCUUUAGCUGCUUUAGCUGCAAUUGCAUCGGCAUCAGAAAACAUGUCUCCAUUGCUUACGAAAAAUACGACACCGUCGUCCUCUGCUCAAGAUUCAACAACUCAACUUAAAGAAACUAAAUGA